AUGAUCAAUCAACCAAACGCUAUUGAAAAUUUAAUGGUAAUUCGAAAGGAUGAUGAUGACGCCAGUCUCCUGUACAAUAACAAUAAGGAAAAUAAUUUAUUUCAUUCAUCAAAGAAUAGAGAAAUAUUACCCACUACGAGUACGAGUACUUUUAAUUCAACAACAAAUUCAAUAAUUGUGAAGCGAAGUGAUGAAGCGUGCAAUGUUGUGAGUAAGAACGGAGAGGAAAGAAUUCCACUCUCUGAAUUAAAUGUAAAUACACUGAAGAGAUUAAAUAGUACUAUCGAGUCUUCAAGUCAAUUGCCUUUGGAAAAGAAGAAGAAAUGUCAGCAUGUUAAAGAUGAUAUAGAUUCUACAAGAAGAAAGGCCGAAUCGAUAUGUGGUACUUCCUCUUCUUCAAUAGAGAUUACUAAAUUAUCGGAAUUUAGUUUCCUAUUGGAAAGAGAGAAAAAGCAAAAUAAUGUUUAUUAUUUCAACUCGAAUGACAAUACCCAAAACUCAAUUCUCACAACCAUGUACGAGAGUAUCGUUCAUAGCAUGUGUGAAUUUCACCAAAAUUGUAAAUACAUACAUUUGAGAUAUUGUACAGAACAAAACUCUGAUAUUUGUAGAUAUUGUUACACAAACGAACAUGUUUUUAGUAUGAGCUAUAUGUUUGCGAGAAGACUUUGUUUUAGUUGUAGCUCAUCCUCGAAAAUUGCCCAGACUGUAACCAAAGUUAAGGGCGAGAAUCAAACAAAACAAUUUUUUAAAUUAAUGGCCUCCUCCUUAUAUAGAAUUGCACUCAAAGUAGCAGAUCUAUGUUUUCCUCUUCCAACUCAAAAUACCUUUUCGAAAUACAUCUCAAAAGAAAGUUAUGCUGCAACAGCACUUCCAAAUAUGGAACUACAAAUUCUUAAUUUAUUUAAUUAUGAUCAUUUACUUGCAACAACUCCUGUGAGUUUUUUGUCUGUAUUGAUGAAUGGUUCAAUGUGUUGCGAUGAUGCAUUGACAAAUAUGUUAUUCAGAAUGAAAAUAGAGGAAAGAGUUAUUGAGCUCUUUACAAAGUUUGAAUUUCUUACAAAACUGGAAGCAUUUAAUAUCCCACCUUCAAAAUUAUGUUGUGGCGCAUUGUCUCUCGCAAGAAAGGAGCUCGACUUACCUUCUUGGUCGGAACCCUUACAACAAUUAACGACCUAUCAAUUGAGUGAUUUUGAAGAUGUCAUUUCCUUCUUUUCCAAAUAUUCAAACACCUCCAAUAAUUAA